AUGGGUCUAGGAAAGGGAAUUAUCGGGGAAUGCGUGAUACAAGACGUUAUAAGUCAGGUCAAGGAAGCGUUUUUGGACGAAAAUGUUGACAUUGAUGUGCUCACUCAACUAAAAAAGGUGAUUGUUGAACGUUCUUUGGUGUUCUUCUACGUUCUACUAUCUUCCUUUGUAUCUCACCUCAAUAGCGGCGAACACUUACUUUUUCUAGAUCAGGAAGCGUUGCGAAUAGCACAAGAAAUAUUGACAGCUCUGCAGCUGGAUGGCGGGGGAGGCGGUGGUAUGUCGGAUUCCUCCAGCGAAGAAGAGGAGGCUGAUGAUGAUGAUGAUCCUAUAAGACGUAUUGCUGACAGAAUCGGUGACGGCCAAAUCGAAGAUGGUGAACAAAUCGUUGAAGAAGAUCCGUUGAAUUCGGGCGAUGAUCAAAGCGAUGAUGAAGAUUUGGAAACCUUGUUUGAUGCCGACAAUGUCAUCAUGUGUCAAUUUGAAAAAGUCCAUCGCGCGCGCAGUAAAUGGAAGUUCCAGUUGAAAGACGGUAUAAUGCAUAUUGACAACAAGGACUAUUGCUUCCAGAAAUGUAGUGGAGAAGCUGAGUGGUGA